AUGGGAUUCUACGUCAGCGUGCCGUCAAAGCGUUAUAGCAGAUGGGAUGAAGCAGACAUAUCUGGAGACGAAGACGACCUGAUAGCAUUAGGUAUUAUACGAAAAGGAAACUUACGGAUGUCGCAAACCACAGAGACAAUCAUUGAAACGGAACCACCAUGUGGUAGUUCGCAACAGGUGGAUAUAGUUGAUUUAUGA